ACUUUUUUUUGUUGUUGUUUGUUCUUUCACUUUUUUUGUUAAAUUCUAAUUUUAAUGAUUUUAAUUAAUUCAUUUUUAACUUAAAUUUGUUUGUGUCAAUUAGUUUACAUGUAGCUAUGUCAUUCUGGCCUGGUAAAGGUCUUUUCAACAAUCGAAAUAAACGUCAACAAAGAGUUCGAUUGGUCUGGACACCUCCGGAAAAAUUUGAUGACUACAAUAAUGGCGCUAAUCAAAUAGAGAAACCAAAGCAAAGUAAUUGUCCAGUGGAAAAUGUUAAUGGCAAUGGAAUAUCAGUUGAUUCCAAUUCUACUAUUUCUGAUGGUAAAAACCAGAGAAAGGUGACUAAAAAUGGUGAUUCUGGUCGUGGUAAAAAAAAGAAACGUAAUUGCAAAGCUACAAAUGGUCGCUCAUCUAUUUCAGAUGAUCAAGAAAGGUUAAAUGGUGAACAUGAAAAUGGCGGGAAAGGUAAUGGUAAAAUUAAUGGUCAUAAAGAUGAAUGUGAGUUAAAUAAAAAUGUUAAUAAUGGUGAACAAAGGUCUAGAACAAGAUCAUUUACAAAAUCAAAGAAAUCCGAGGAAUUGGCCUGUCUGAAAGAUUCCAGGGAAAAAGAAAAAAAUACAAAUGGUAAUUCAAUGAGACGUAAUAAACAUGUUAAUGGUGAUGAUAAUCAUGGGGAUGUUGAUAAUGAUAAUGAUGCUAAUCAUGAUGACGAUGAUGAUGAUGAUAACUGGGAUGAAGUCAGAGACGCUAUUGGACCAGUUACUCGAUGUUCAUCUUCAUCCUCUUUAUCUUCAUCUUGUUCAAAUUCAUCAUUGAUUAAACAUUAUACAAAUGUGAUAAUGAAUUGCUGUGAUAACCAUUUUAAAGAAGAUUGUGAUUUUGUUCGGGCCAAAAUUGAUCGUAUUCUAAAAGCUCACUGGAAAGAUCGAUUGAAUCGUUUAAAGGUAAAAAUGUCACCAUCAAAUGAAGAUACUUUUAGUGAGAAAACAGAUAGUCAACCAUCAAAACAAUCUUCCCCAGCGACUGAUUCGAUUGCAUUUGAACUUCGACCUGCACGUUUACCAUUAAACAAAAAAACAUGGACCAAGUUGAGGAGAUCAAAUCGUAACAGUGAUUGGCUUCUUAACGAGGAAACAUAAUCUCAAUUAAUCUAUUCUCAUCUCACUUCAUCAAUUCUCAACAAUCUACUUCUCUCACUCUCUCUAUCUCUCCCUUACUGUUUGUUUCACUUAAAACUAUCAACAAAGAAAAAGUUUAAUUAUCUCAACCAAAAAAAAAAAAUAAUUUUGAUAGGAAACUAAAGAUUACACUCUAUCCUCAAUAUCUUUAAUUUUUAAAUGAAUAAUUUAAAAUAACGAGUGCACCAUAUCCCUUUUCACUGAGGAUAAAUGUUUAAUGUUGAAUGUUAAUUGUAACAAUGCUUAUUUUUGCAAUUUAAGCAGCAUCUUAUAUAUGUUUAACCACUUUUAUUGUUUUUAAUUAACUAAUUACUCUU